AUUCAUUCAUUAUCAUUGUGAUUUUUUCUUUCUUUUUCCAUCAAAAUUAAAAAUUCAUCAAAAAUGAAAUUCGUUUUGGCCAUUGCCUCUUUGUUGGUAUUGAGCACUGUUUAUGCUCGUCCAGCUUCAAUCAAAACUUUUGAAGAAUUCAAAAAAGCCUUCAACAAAAACUAUGCCACCGUUGAAGAGGAAGAAGUUGCCCGUAAAAACUUUUUGGAAUCAUUGAAAUAUGUUGAAGCUAACAAAGGUGCCAUCAACCAUUUGUCCGAUUUGUCAUUGGAUGAAUUCAAAAACCGUUAUUUGAUGAGUGCUGAAGCUUUUGAACAACUCAAAACUCAAUUCGAUUUGAAUGCCGAAACAAGCGCUUGCCGUAUCAAUUCGGUUAACGUUCCAUCGGAAUUGGAUUUACGAUCACUGCGAACUGUCACUCCAAUCCGUAUGCAAGGAGGCUGUGGUUCAUGUUGGGCUUUCUCUGGUGUCGCCGCAACUGAAUCAGCUUAUUUGGCCUACCGUAACACGUCUUUGGAUCUUUCUGAACAGGAACUCGUCGAUUGCGCAUCUCAACACGGAUGUCACGGCGAUACAAUACCAAGAGGCAUCGAAUACAUCCAACAAAAUGGUGUCGUUGAAGAAAGAAGCUAUCCAUACGUUGCACGAGAACAACAAUGCCGACGACCAAAUUCGCAACAUUACGGUAUCUCAAACUACUGCCAAAUUUAUCCACCAGAUGUGAAACAAAUCCGUGAAGCUUUGACUCAAACACACACAGCUAUUGCCGUCAUUAUUGGCAUUAAAGAUUUGAGAGCUUUUCAACAUUAUGAUGGACGAACAAUCAUUCAACAUGACAAUGGUUAUCAACCAAACUAUCAUGCCGUCAACAUUGUCGGUUACGGAAGUACACAAGGCGUCGAUUAUUGGAUCGUACGAAACAGUUGGGAUACAACCUGGGGUGAUAGCGGAUACGGAUAUUUCCAAGCCGGAAACAACCUCAUGAUGAUCGAACAAUAUCCAUAUGUUGUAAUCAUGUGAACAUUUGAAAUUGAAUAUAUUUAUUUGUUUUCAAAAUAAAAACAACUACUCUUGCGAGUAUUUUUUACUUUUA